AUGAUGAUGUGGUCCAACUUCUUCAUGCAAGAAGAGAGUCGGCGGCGGGGGGCCGCGGGCCGGCGGCGGGCUCACGAGCAGCAGGGGUUGGAGCUGACGCCGGAGCACGAGGGGAAGGUCAAGCUGGCGCUGCUGCUGGCCACCGUGGGCGCCACGCUGGCGGUGCUGUCCGUGGGCACCGAGUUCUGGGUGGAGCUCAACACCUACAAGGCCAACGGCAGCGCCGUCUGCGACGCCGCCCACCUGGGGCUGUGGAAGGUGUGCACCAAACGACUGUGGCAGGCUGACGUGCCCGCGGGCAGGGAGACCUGUGGCCCCGCGGAGCUGCCCGGAGAAGCAAACUGCAGCUAUUUUAAAUUCUUCACCACAGGAGAGAAUGCACAUAUCUUCCAGAGAACCACAAAGAAAGAAGUGAAUCUGGCAGCUGCCGUGAUAGCAGUGCUUGGCCUGGCAGUCAUGGCCUUGGGAUGCCUCUGUAUCAUCAUGGUGCUCAGCAAAGGUGCAGAUUUCCUGCUCCGAGUUGGGGCUGUCUGCUUUGGCCUCUCAGGCCUGCUGCUCCUGGUAAGCCUGGAGGUGUUCCGGCAUUCCGUUCGCGCCCUGAUGCAGAGGGUCAACCCUGAGCCUCCUCCGGCGCCGCCCCUGACCUAUGAAUAUUCCUGGUCUCUGGGCUGCGGUGUGGGGGCCAGCCUGAUCCUGCUCCUGGGGGGCGGCUGCUUUCUGGGGCUCACCCUGCCUUCUCGGCCCUGGGAAUCCCUCUGUCCCAAGAGGGGUCACCAAGCCACCUAGAGCAACCAGUGAGAUUUC